AUGAUCAUCUUCUUUUUAUUCUUCUUUUUUAACCUGUCACUCAGCAAUAAGAGUAAUAAUAAAAAAAGAAGAAUUGAUUCGUUGAAUGCUCUUGAAAACUCGGCGAAUUUUAAUGAUGACUUUGUGGAUGAUGCUGACAAUAAUGCGAAUGAUUACGAAAAUGACGAUGACGAUCAAGUAACUAUUCCAGAUAAUCAUGCAAAAUUACAAAAACAUUCAUCCAAAAUCGAAAUCGUGAAAGAUGAAGGUGAUGGUGUUGAAUUGGAUUUAGAAAAGCAUCGUAAAAAGCAUCAAAAGAAAGAAAAUGAUACUUUGGAGAAAGAAGAUGACGAAAAAUCAAAAGUAGAAGAAAACGAAAAUAACAAAAAAGAAAAAUCUGCAGAAAAAGUAGAAGAAAAUGAAGAAAAAUUGCCAGUUAAAAAGACUAGGAAAUCCAAAAAGAAAAAAGAAGAGCCUGAAACUGAAGAAGAACCAGAUUCAAAAGAAACGACUUCAUACAAAGGAACAAAAUCUACAAAAAAAUCAAAGAAAAAAGUACAUAAAGAAGAGGAUGACGAUGAAUCAGAAAAAACUACAACAAUUAAACAUAAAAAAUCCAAAAAGAAAUCAAAACAUACAGAAAUAACGUCUGAUGAAGAGGUAGAAGUUGAAGAACCAGUUCAUAAAAAGAAAAAGAAAACUACAAAGAAAAAUUCAAAAAAUGAUGAAAAAGUCGAAGAGGAGCCAGAAGAAACCCAACCUAAGAAGAAAAAGAGGACUUCAAAGACAAAAAAGAAUGAAACUACAGAAAAAUCUAAGGAGAAUGAAGAUGAUAUUAAAUCCAAAGAAUUAGAAGAAAUCCAAAAGAAAAAAGAGGAAGAAGAACUCAAAAAGAAACAAGAAGAGGAAGAAUUAGAAAAAAAGAAAAAAGAGCAGGAAGAAUUAGAAAAGAAGAAGAAAGAAGAGGAAGAACUUGAGAAAAAAAAGAAAGAAGAGGAAGAACUAAAAAAGAAACAAGAAGAGGAAGAACUAGAAAAAAAGAAGAAAGAAGAGGAAGAAAUUAAAAAGAAAAAAGCCGAGGAAGAAAAAUUAAAGUUGGAAAUAGAAAAAAAUAAAACAAUAACACAAGAGAAUAAUGAUAAGAUACCUAAAAAUAGCACAGAUUUAAAUAUUACAAAUAAUGAAACCCAAAUCAAUGAAACUACCCAAACACAGCUUACCCAGGAUAAUUCAAAUCAAACAGUCUCAAUAAAUGUAACAAAUUUUGAAUCAAAUCUUACAGUUUCAAAUGAAACCAAUGUAAAUCAGACUUUAGAAGCCAACAUAACAAAUACAAACCAAACAUUAGAUAAUAGUUCAGUUAUCGAUAUAAAUUCAUCUAAAAUAAAUGACUCGUCAAAUAAUUCUUCCAUUUCGGAUCAAAAUAUAACUUCCAACUCCAUAAAUGCAUCAGAUAUUAAUCAAACAUCCAUAAAUAACACAAUAGAUAACACAACUCAGGUGAUUUCGAAUAUCACAGAUAUUAAUUCAACAAAUAUCAAUAUAUCAGAUGUAAAUUUAACAGCAAUCAAUCAAACAAGUACUAAUGUAACAUCAAAUAUUACUGAAAUUAAUAUAAUAAGUACCCCAGAAAUGACUAUAGAAAUUACACCUGAAAUGACUCCUUAUAUGACGCCUGAAAUGACAUAUGAGAUAACUCCAAUGGAAACUCCUUAUGAAACUCCGUUCGAAACUCCUUUUGAAACCCCAAAUGAAACUCCAAUGCCAACUCCUUAUCCAACAAGCACUCCUUUACCUACACCUGUUCCAACACCCGCUCCAACUCCAAUUCCUCGAUCUUACCCAUUAGUCACUCGAAUUGUCCCAUCGUCAGCUUCAAUUUCAGGUGGCAAAAAAGUGACAAUUUAUACUGAUUGGAGAGUUCCAGAUGAUGCAGCUAUUUAUUUCGGAAAUUCAACUGCAAAUUGUUCAUACCUUGGAGAACAGUUAGUUUGUACAGUUCCUCCUUCCAAAGUUGACGGAUUUGUCCAAAUCAAAGUCGGAACUAAGAAGAGCACAGCUCUUUUCAGAUACACAUUUGAAGAUAAUGACCAAGCAAAGAUUCCUGUUGUAGAUAUUGUUAGAUUAGUUGCAUCUUGCGUAAUAAUGUUGCUAAUGUGCAUUUAUCUUUGCAUACAUUGCAUUCCAAGCGCAACCCGUGAUACAGGGCUGUAUGGCCAGUAA